AUGCCACAUAUCAGUGCCCAUCUGAGCUGCCUUUCAGUGUCACCCAUCAGUGGCAGUCAGUGCCACCUAUCAAUGCCAAUCAAUGCCACCUAUCAGUGCUGCCAAUCAGUGCCACUUAUCAGUGCCAGUCAGUUCCGCCUUUCAUCAGUGCUGCCUAACAGUGUCAGUCAGUGCUGCCUAUCAGUGCCAUGUAUCAGUGUUGCCUUUCAGUGCCCAUCAGUGAUGCCUGUCAGUGCCACCUACCAGUGCCUCCUCAUCAGUGCCAAUCAGUGCCACCUAUCAGUGUCUAUCAGUGCAGCCUAUCAGUGCCCAUCACUGCAGCCUCAUUAG